CAAGGCGUGUGGGAAGAGAGUUAUGGAUGGUAAACGCACGCGGAAAGUUGUUAUUUCAGUAGAGGAAUACAUUAGGAAGGUAGACGGUAUUCGCGAUAUCGUAAAUUCGUUGGAGGAGAGCGUGACGAUUUCUCGACAUUUGGAGGCUGAACGAUGGCUGAGGUAUUCGGUUUUGAAAGCAAAGAAUAAAGUAGUGUCAGAUGAUCUCGAGAAAGCGAAUAAACGCAAUAAAAGCAUGUUGAAUUUAUUUCGACAAAGCGUUACAGACGUUCGUCUUGGCAGUGAAAUUACAUUGCCAGAGUCUUUGAAAAGAGAAGUGCAGAGAACUUGGCACGAAAAGUACGACGCUUUGUUAGCGCAAAACGAGCAGUUAAAGAAUGACAUCGCGCGCGCGAAUCUUCUUCUCGAAGACAAAAGGAACGAAAUCGACGAUCUUCAGCAGAAAUUAUUAAGUCUCGGAGACAAGCUUAUCGAGCGCAAUGAAGCCGUGGAAAAUAUUUGCAAAAAGUAUUUGAGUCUGAAAAAGCGAAAAGACGAACAGGAGAUGUUGCUACGCGGUUCCAUCGAAACGCUACAGGAUUCAUUGAAAAAAACAAACAGCGUGGCUAAAAAAGGAAUGUCUGGAAUGUCUUUGAUUCCAAGCAAAGAUACGUUGCUGGCUCGAGAAACUCGACGCAGCGAUCGACUAGCCUACGAGAACUCUCUUCUGAGAGUUUUGUUGCAGGAAGCGAGACAUGAGUGCAAUGCCAGCGAAAGCAGCACCCUUUCCUUCGAAAGGACGGCCUAACUCCCAUCGCGUGUCGAAUAGUGUAAGAUCAAGUUAAUAUUAGAGGUAUCGGAUGGAUCGUAUGCAAUGUGAUCGCGAUUG